CAGGAUCGCUGGAGCAGGACGCUGCUCAGCACACAGUCCGCUCAGGUUGAUAACUGCAGCAGCAGCUCCUGUACAGCCCGCAUGGAGAUACCCCCACCCCCGACACCAUGCACCUCUAAAAGCUCCAACACAACCGUCUUUUGUCUUGCCUGAGGGGGGAAAGUCUGCAAGAUCACUUUCCUUAGACCGAGCGUCAAAGGAUUUUUUUUCCUCCUUUCCUUUUUCGGCAACCCCGUUUCUGCUUUUUCCUUCCGCCUCUCGCAGUCUCGCAUUUUGUGACUUUUUUUUUCUCCUUGGAAAAAGGCGCUGCUGUUUCCACGAGUCUACCUGCUCGCCCAGCACCCAUGAAUUCAGAUAUAAAUGUGUACCUCGGCAGAGACAAAGGCAUCAUGCGGAAGAGAGCAUUGCUCCUUCGGAAAGGUUGCAGCUUUGAGAUUACCAGCUCUGCCUCGGAGGACUUGGGCUGCAGGCGUGGAGACUUCAGCAGGAAACACUAUGGUUCGGUGGAGCUGCUAAUUUCCAGUGACGCAGAUGGGGCCAUUCAGAGGGCAGGACGCUUCAGGGUGGAGAAUGGCUCGUCAGAUGAGGCCUUGGACUACACGCCAGGAACCUGGAGGAGAACCGAUGUCCAUCUGGAGAAUCCAGAGUACCACACCAGAUGGUUCUUUAAAUACUUCCUGGGAAAAGUCCACCAGAACUACGUGGGCACAGACGCGGAGAAGAAUCCCUUCUACCUGUCAGUCGUCCUCUCAGACCAGAACAACCAGCGGGUUCCUCAGUACAGAGCCAUCCUCUGGAGAAAGACGGGCACUCUGAAGAUCAGCCUCCCCUACAGCCCGACCAAAACACUAUCGGUCAAGUCCAUCCUAAGUGCUAUGAACAUGGACAGGUUUGAGAAAGGCCCCAGGGAGAUCCUCAACCCGGAGAUACAGAAGGAUCUGCUGGUGUUGGAGGAACAAGAGGGUUCUGUCAACUUUAAAUUUGGCGUCCUGUUUGCCAAAGACGGACAGCUGACAGAUGACGAGAUGUUUAGCAAUGAGACGGGGAGUGAAAGCUUCGAUAAGUUUCUCAAUCUGCUGGGUGAUUCCAUUACGCUGCAGGGAUGGGCAGGUUACCGCGGAGGGCUAGACACCAAGAAUGACACUACAGGAAUUAACUCCAUCUACACAGUGUAUCAGGGUCAUGAGCUCAUGUUCCAUGUGUCCACCAUGUUACCCUACUCUAAAGAGAACAAACAGCAGGUGGAGAGAAAGAGACACAUUGGAAAUGACAUUGUUACCAUAGUAUUCCAGGAAGGGGAUGACGCAUCGUCGUCCUUCAAGCCGUCUAUGAUUAGAUCGCACUUCACCCAUAUUUUUGCAUUAGUUAGGUAUAAUAGCCAGAAUGACAGUUACAGGUUGAAGAUAUUCUCAGAGGAGAGCGUUCCACUGUUUGGACCCCCGCUCCCAUCUCCGCCUGUAUUUACUGAUCACCAAGAAUUCAGGGACUUUUUAUUAGUCAAAUUAAUCAAUGGAGAGAAAGCCACACUGGAGACGCCAACGUUUGCCCAGAAGCGCCAGCGGACCCUUGACAUGUUGAUCCGCUCGCUCUACCAAGACCUCAUGCCGGACCUGCACAAGGUUCCUUUUUCUCCCCAGAACAUGUUAAACCGGCGGUCCUUCAGCGAUGUGCUGCCAGAGUCUCCAAAGUCGGCACGCAAGAAGGAGGAGGCACGGCAGGCCGAAUUUGUCAGAAUAGGGCAGGCUCUGAAGCUGAAGACCAUCGUGAGAGGAGACGCCCCAACGAGCCUCGUCACCACCGGCCUGUGCAGAAAAGAGCCAUGGGAGUCCCAGUCGUUCAGCAGCACAUUCCCCUACGAGAUCGUGUGUGCCGACUCCUGGGGUCAGUCUCUGCUGGCUGCCACCGACGCGGCGGGGGUCAUGCUGCUGGAUGGCCCUGAUCCAGCUUUGUCCAACGCUGAGACGCAGUCUGUGGCCCCAGUGCAGGUGUUUGACAGAACCAUGGUGGUGAAGCAGGUGCACGUUCUCGAGCCUCAGGACCUGCUCAUCACCAGGGCGGACAAAGGGAAGGACGCUCGGCUCUAUGUGUACCGACUCAGCACGCUCAAGAGAGGCCUGGAGGAGAAGCAGCUCGUCAGGAGCAAGUGUGACAGCCGCGAGAAUAAACUGGAGAAAACUAAAGGCUGUCAUUUGUACUCCAUCAACACCCACCACGGCUCAGAGCUAAGGAUAGUAGCAGCCAUCAGGAACAAACUCCUCCUCAUUACCAGGAAACAUCCACGUUUCGAGGGCCUCAGCGCCGUCGCCCCGGGAGCUGACUCCCCGGUGGAGGAGUUUCAGUACAUACGGGAGAUCUGUCUGUGUGACCCGCCCGUGGUGAUGGCGCUGGUGGACGGGCCGACGGGGGAAAAUGACAAUAUGAUCUGUGUGGCCUAUAAACAUCAGUUUGACCUGAUCAAUGAGAGCACUGGAGAUGCCUACCGGCUACAUCAUGUCGACGCCAACAGGGUCAAUUUUGUAGCAGCCAUUGAUGUUUAUGAAGACGGGGAGGCGGGUCUGCUGCUGUGCUACAACUAUAUUUGCUCCUAUAAGAAGGUGUGUCCGUUUAACGGCUCCACGCCGAUGAUCCAGUCCAACACGUCCGAUUUCCACUUCAGCUGGAACCAGAUGCCCAACGCUAUCGUGUGUGCAUUUCCUUACAUCCUGGCCUUCACAACGGACUCCAUUGAGAUCCGACUGGUGGUCAACGGGAACCUUGUGUACACAUCCGUAGUCCCGGAGCUACAGUUGGCUGCUUCACGGUCGGACAUCUAUUUUGUGUCGUCGGCUCCGGUGAGCUCAGCCUCCAACUGCAGUUCCAGAGACACCAGUUCCCAGAGUUCCCCGCAAACGCCCACCGGCUACGAGAUGCCCGUGUUCCCUUCGCCGCUGGGCGACGGUGAAUCAGCAUGUAAGCACAUGUUCAGGAUCCCUCUGUGCAACUUGGUGGGCCGCAGCAUCGAAAGACCCCUCAAGUCCCCUCUGGUCAACAAGGUGCUGACGACGCCGGCCCCCGCCAUGGUGCCCCCGACUGCUCUCAUCUCCGCAACACACUCGCUUUCCCUGUCCCGCAUGGAGAUCAAGGAGAUAGCCAGCCGCACACGGAAGGAGCUGCUUGGCUUGACAGAGGAACCAAGUGGGAAGUCAGACAGUGGGACAGUCAAACCGAGGAAGAUGAGCAAGAAGAACACAGACGAAGACCCCAAAGCACGAGCACUGACGUCAACAAACAGCGACAGGUUAGCCUCAGAGUCUGUUGAGACAGACCUGGACGUCCAGCUGCAAUGUUCGUCCAGUUCGGAGGCCGAGCCGGAGAAGGGGGUCCUACUCGCGGAGAGCCCGCCUCUCGCCAGCGCGUUCGCCCUCUCCAAAUCCUUCGAAGAAGAUGUCCUGGACCUAAAGUGAAGACAAUCCCACCGUGCACUUCUCUGCCCACCCACUCCCAUACUGUCACCAUUAUGUUAUUGUUUUGGUUGGUUUGCUUUUAAUUUGUUGUUUGUUUGAAUUCUUUUUUCUUGUUUUCCCCCUCCCGUGUUUAUAUCCCUGUAUCUUGGGUCUCCCCAUUCAUCAGACAAGAUGGGUGCAGUGGGAGUUCGAACAUGUGUCUGUGUGCGUUUGUUUCCGCGAGCAGUCUCUCAGCCGGUGUGUGUGUUGGGUGUUUGUGUUGCCCCGGAGCAAAUAACCCAAAGAGGCACCGAGGCUGUGUAAGCUGCCAUGGUUUAUUCAGAGUUCUGCCUUCAGAUAAUGUUAAAGGUUUGAUCACAAACCACAAACUGAAUGUAAAUCUGCGCACCGAGGCACAACAGAAAUCUCGGCGUUCACAAUGCCCUCUGAAGUUGCUAGAGCUUAAUAUGUGUUGUAUAUUAUGUGAUUAUUUCCAAUUUCACUUUGUUGUAUGAUAUGCAUAUGUAUGUGUACAUCUGUUUAUACAUGAACAUGCAUACACAGUGACAGGCAUGUAAGCCUGUCAUGCCUGUGAUGCAUAUUUAUAGAUAUAUUAUAAAAAUCCAUUUUAUUCCCAUAUUUAGUAAAAGUAUGAUGUUUUAUGCUCUCUGCACAUAUUAGUCCUUAUUCUUCUCCUUAUUCACAGUAUACAGGUAGACAGGGCUGGAGGCAAAGUCUCCCACAAGUGCCAUUUCCCAGCAUCCUCCACUGAACUCCACCUCUAACAGCCACCGUAUUCUGGUGUCUGACAGUAGCAGCCAUGAUUGUAGUCCUCGUCAGAUUACUAUGGUGUCCCACAUCUCCAUUCAGUUUGGAUAAAUUCACUUACACACUCUCUCUAAGCCACAUGCACUCAACAUUUUACCCCAUGAGAAUGAAAUCUGCAUGACCUGCCUUUUCCACAUGUAUUGACAUUUCUGCACAUUUCUUUGGAAACCAUGAGGUCUGCAACAUCAUACCAAACAUAGUGUGAUAAAGCAAAUCGCAACCUGAGACGGCAGAAUAAGUGUGGAUGUUUUACUAGACUGUCCUGUGUGAUGGCGUGAGACGAUGGUACAGCAAAGGAAUUAUAGACAAAAACUGAAAAUACAAAACCAGAAGUUUGUCAUAAAGUAAAAAGUGUGACAUUUUUCUUUAAUUGUCGUCUGUUUCUGUGUGUGGAAGGAGCAAAAUAAUAAUUAAUUUUGAAGUGGCCCCAAUUAUUGAAACAGUAAACCGUUUAAAAUACACACAGAAAACAUAAUCUGAAUUUAGAUAAUUGUCCCUUUAAUUAGAAUUAACUAACUAAAACUGAAAAGCAUAACAAAUAACAAUAUAAAAUAAAUAAUCCUGGUAUAGAUUCACAAGCAAUGCUGGUUUUUAUUUCAGGUGUCCAUUAAAAGUCUGAUUCUCAGCUGGGACACCUGGACGAGGCACAGCUAUGAAUUAUGGGACAAUUCACAGGAGACCGGGGACACUUUUCUUUCUUUCCCGUCCCAUGUGUCCAUUCAUAAACUGCCUGGGAAAGAACAAGUAACUUUUUUAUUCCCGCUUGUUCCAGUUUGUCUCUUGCAUCCUGACUUUCUUUAUUAUACUGAGACUCUAACAGGGUGAACUCAAAGUGGUGCGCCCGAGAUGUAGCUUUGCAUUUCCAUGAAGUUGGAGGACUCUUAGGAAAUGUCUGAAGCCCAGGGUAGUCAGUUUGCAGAACUUUCCUUUAAAACUAAAUGUUCAGCUCAUUGACGACAUUAUCCAAAUGAUCGUGUUACCAAAUUAUUGUUUGUAUCUUUAAUACUAUCCGAAAUAUUUAGCGUUUUUCGGGAACAUUCAGAGUUAGAGUGGGUAACUCUUCUCUCUUUAACUUCUCUUCUUCAUGCACCAUGUUUCCCUAAAGUGUAGAAGAAUCUGAGCAAACUGAUUUACACACUUCGCACUCUGAGUCUCAAAGUGACAGGAGAGCCGCUCGAUUGCCCCGUUGACUCCAAUGUUAACUGAGACCGGAAAUUUCAGGAACAAAAAAACGAAAAAGGGACUUUUUGUUGAGCUUGUUCUAUUUCCCAUAGUUUUGACACCACAAACACAAAGUCCUCUCUCUCUCUCUUUCACGAUGUCAAAAAACUAGAUUUACGCUCAUGCUGAUCUCUGUGGUGUCGCAGUAGCUUUAUUUUUUAUAUUUUAACUGCUAUUUCACCUCCUUUCAUGCCUUCUUACACACACACACAGACACACACACACACACACACACACAAAGCAAGUCACAGCCCUUCAAACAAGGAAUUAACACACAUGCAUGUUCACGUGCACUGAAGGAGAAACGCAUGCCUACAUGUUUAAAUGACAAUACACUGGCACAUACUUCUCUCAUAAGGCUUUAAGGUUGUGCAACACAUGUUUUAGUGAUGACAGUAACACACACACACACACACACACACACACACACUGUUAGACAUCAGCUUUAUCUUUUUCCUAUUAUUACAACUCUUCAUACUCUGUUCAGCUGCUCCCAUCCAUCCAUCAAUACAAGUCCAGCUUCCAGCUCUUCAAGCCGCUCACCUGCAGCUGUACGUGAAACUACAGCGUCAGCUUUUUUCCCUGCAGUUGCAUUCUCCAGUAUAAAUAUAUUUCUCCUCUGCACUGACGAAGUUGCAUCAGUCAUGUGUGAAUCUAACAUGAAACAGGGAAAAUGUUCUCAGUAACGAACACGAGACAGUCAGUACAACCAAAAGAGAAAGCUUUAAGGAUCCACUGGCAACACACUGGGAGCAGUGGUUCUCUGCUGGUGUGGGAAUGAGAGCGCCUCGACGCGGCGUGUUCACAACACAGCAGCCUUCACAUCUUGCAUGAGUCUCUUUUCUCCUGCCUGUCAGUGUGAACCCCUCCAACUCUAUAACUCAACUCAGAACAACUAAAAAGGGAAGAAGAAGAAGAGCAGGAUGGGGGGGGGGGGGUUACUUUAGUGUGUGUUCCUCUGAAUGAGUGUGGGAUGCCUGGCAGUUACAGUUUGAGACACUGCUUCUCCCUCUUACGAUGUUCCUACUUCUCCUGUAUCUCUGUCUCUCCGUUCCGACCUCCCCUUGGCAUUUUCACUGUUUUUUUUGUUUUGUUUUUUUUGUAUUUGAAUCUAUAUUUACUGUUUAGACUGUUGCUGAACCUCUCUGUGAUAUCAAAAUGAAAGAAAAUUAACAAAAAAAACACCAAGUGUCUUAAAAUAUUGUAUCGCCAUCGUUUUUAAUGCCAAGUACUACUUGUAAAUGUGUGUGUAUCAAAUGUGGCCUCAAAUGAAACUGAACUAUAUUAUUAUGAUUAUUAUUUGAGCAAUUAUUUUAAACAAGUGCUGUAGACCACUGCUGUGAAAGUAGUCGAUUCUGUUCAUUGAUAUGUAAUAAAUAUUUAUGAAAUUUGAA